GUAACAUAUUUGCGUUUGAAUGAAUCAAUGAUGAUCACUGAUCGGGGUUUGGAUACUAAGAGCAAAUUGAAGGAACACCGUUACGAGAACGCCCUUAUUUAGUUAAAUAGCUAUUGUGCGCCGUCCUUUUGAGACGGUCCCUACUUCUGACAUCAUUAUCUGUCACGGGGUUGAUCUGAGAAGGAGGGGUAGGUUUUUGUUUGGGGGGCUAGAGAAAGAUUUUUUGAAUCAGAGCUCCUGAUCUAUUAACUAAAGCAGCAUCCAAAGUCUGCAGCCCCUGUUAUCCCUGAUGCCGGGAGGGGUGAAAAGAACAAUAGGAUUAAUAUAAUAUAUAUGUACAUAUAUAUAUACGUAUAUGUGUAAUGUUUUAAAAUUGUUUACACCUUGCAGGGAAUUGGACCAAUAGAAGAAUUUACAGUGUGUUUGUCUUGCAAGAGGGGCAAGUAGUUAAUAGAUUGAAAUAUAAAUCAACUAGUGAAAGAAAAGGGGAAAACAUCCUGAUUUAGCCAUCUCUCCUGGAUUUAAAAAGGUGGAAGUAUUCCGCGUAUGCCGUUUCAGCAUCCCUUCAGCAGCGCUCAACUUGUAAGAAUACCCAGCCGAAAUAGACAUUAGGAUAAACGAAAUCGCAAGACGAAAAUAGAACUGGUAUGAUACGCUAUACUGUAUUUAACAAGUGCUUAUAGCUAUAUUAAUGUAUAUUUAACUGGAGCCUGAACACUUCUUGAACUUGGAGACAAUUUAUUUUUACUUUAUUAGUACUACCAUUUUUUUUUUUUUUUGUGAAAACGGACAUACACACGCUUCCUUGUCUCUGAGGAGCCAGUUUCCCAGUUGUUGUCUGGGAUUAUCCUUUCUGCUGUUCCCCCCUCUUUCUCGUAUAUAUUUCUCGAUUUUUGUCCCAAAUGAAGGAGCCGGAUGCCAUUAAACUUUUCAUCGGACAAAUUCCGAGGAACCUGGAGGAAAAGGACCUGAAACCCAUCUUUGAGCAGUUUGGGAAAAUCUAUGAGCUGACAGUCAUCAAGGAUAAGUACACUGGCAUGCACAAAGGGUGUGCCUUCUUGACAUAUUGUGCUCGUGAAUCAGCUCUCAAGGCACAGAGUGCUCUGCAUGAACAGAAAACCCUUCCAGGGAUGAAUCGGCCGAUCCAGGUGAAGCCAGCCGACAGUGAAAGCCGUGGAGAAGACAGGAAGCUGUUUGUGGGCAUGCUUGGAAAGCAGCAAACGGAUGAAGAUGUCAGGAAAAUGUUUGAGCCUUUUGGAAAUAUUGAUGAGUGCACAGUGCUACGUGGGCCUGAUGGAACCAGCAAAGGCUGUGCUUUUGUCAAAUUUCAGAUGCACGCAGAAGCUCAGGCAGCUAUAAAUGCACUACAUGGAAGUCGAACACUACCGGGUGCCUCCUCCAGUCUGGUGGUAAAGUUUGCUGACACUGAAAAAGAACGUGGGCUGCGCCGAAUGCAGCAAGUUGCCAAUCAGCUGGGGAUGUUUAGCCCAAUUGCUUUGCAGUUUGGAGCUUACAGCGCCUAUGCACAGGCACAAAUGGAGUAUUUUUUUCCACAUCCUGUAAAGGUACAGAGAUGGCCGCCUCUGAUGCAGCAACAAGCAGCCCUGGUUGCCGCCCACAGUGCCUACCUCAAUCCUAUGGCAACCAUGGCUGCUGUCCAGAUGCAGCACAUGGCCGCCAUUAACCCCAAUGGGUUGAUUGCAACUCCUAUCACUCCAUCAUCAGGAACCAGCACUCCUCCUACAAUUGCUGCCACACCAGUAACAGCCAUUGCAGCACCAAUCGGCAUAAAUGGUUAUAGCCCUGUACCAACACAGACUGCUGGACAGGCAGCCUCAGAAGCAAUUUACACCAAUGGAGUACAUCCUUACCCAGCUCAGAGUCCGGCUGCAACACUUGACCCUCUCCAGCAAGCAUAUGCAGGAAUGCAGCAUUAUACAGCUGCAUACCCAACUGCAUAUGGAUUGGUUAGUCCAGCGUUUGCACAACAACCAGCCAUUGUUACCCCACAGCCACCACCUCAACAGCAACAACAAAGAGAAGGGCCAGAGGGCUGCAAUAUCUUUAUCUAUCAUCUCCCCCAGGAGUUCACUGACUCAGAAAUACUGCAGAUGUUCCUGCCCUUUGGAAAUGUCAUCUCUGCCAAAGUGUUCGUUGACAGGGCAACCAAUCAAAGCAAAUGUUUCGGGUUUGUGAGCUUUGACAAUCCAGCAAGUGCUCAAGCAGCAAUUCAGGCCAUGAACGGAUUUCAGAUUGGGAUGAAGAGACUGAAAGUUCAGCUGAAACGACCAAAAGAUGCAAAUAGGCCCUACUGAUGGAACCAG